UAGAAGCCGCCCAGGGAUCCGGCUGGGGCAGGGCCAGCGCAGCGCCCUCUGCCCCGCCCCCGCAACCGGCGCGCGUCCGGCCCGCCCACACCGGUUACUAGGGACGCGUCGGUGUAGCCGCGAUGGAUCAGGACGAGGGGCUGACGGCCGUGGACAACAUUGUCACACAGUUCAACACCUAUGAAGACUUCCUGGACUCUCAGAUCACUACGGUCGACCUGUACUACCUGGAGGAUGAAAGCCUGGCUCGCCAGUUGGUGGAGCUAGGCUACCGAGGGACAGGAGAAAUCGUGAAAAGGGAAGAUUUCGAAGCGAGAAAGGCAGCUAUCAAUAUUGCAAGACAGGCUGAAAGAACGCAGAAAAAGACACUGACAAGCGCGGGGAAGGAGCUGCAUGAUGAUUUCCUGAAAGCCCUGGCGAUGAGGGAAGAGGAUAAUCGUGCUGGGAAACUGAGCGAACCAUCACGGGCAUCGUGGAUGCCACUGAAGCUACAGCUUCUAGUGGUGAGGACUUCGUGCCAGCUAUGUCUGCUCCAUACAACCAGCAACAGGCAAGAGAGUCUUCACAUUACCCAUGAAGACUCCAGAUUCACACCCAAGACAGUGAUCUUCAUUCGGGACAGAAAUCCUCAUGGGCAGGAAGUGUCAGGAUAUAUUGAUUAUGCUCACAGACUAAAAUCUGAAGAUUUUGAAGUCUACUUUAAUGGGAAAAGAAGACUUCUUCCAAGGACCACAGACAUGAGCUUUUACAACUGGGACAGCCAUAUUGCUGUUUGCAAUUCAAGUCCAAAUUAUCAAGUGAUUGCUGACAACCCUGAAGGCUUACUUUUUAAAUAUAAGAGGGACAGAAAAAUUCUCAAUGUGGACCCAAAGGCUCAUCCAGGUGACAACUCCACCAGGAUCCCCAUCCAGACGGAUCUCUACGCACAUGUGGUUCUCUUUGACCACGUCUCCAGAAGGAAGACUUAAGCACCACACAGUAAAUGGUUUCCUUAUUGUUCGCUACAUUCAAAUGAAUUCCUUGGUCAGAAGCAAAUUGUAAUCAUAAAUACAUAAAUGAGUUGUAUAGCUAGAAGGCGAAUUAGAAUAAUAAAAUUAACAAAGACAGAAAA